AUGGGGCAAGACGGAGAGGAAGCCGCCGAGCUGGUGGCUACGAUCCGCGGCGACCAUGUUGUCAUGAAGAAUUGGUUCAUGAGUGACAACCCCGAAGCGACGGCGUUGCGAAACAAGUAUGGGUCGUAUCCCAGUCUGUGGAAAGAAGUGUUGAAUUGGCCGGGAUGGAAGGACGCUCGCAAGGCGUAUCUGCAGCAUUCUCAAAAGGGCGAUGUUCCUCGCAAGCGUCGGUCUCGUUGGGGCAACGCAGAAGACAACAACAGCAGCAACAAUAAUGCGAACAAUAGUAACGAACCCAACAAGCGCCGAUCUCGGUGGGGUCGUGACCAGCCAGCGCCACCUCCCGUGGUCCAGAACCACAAUAGUCAUCAUCAGAACAAGCCCAUGGUGCCGUUGCCCGGAUUGCCUGGAAUGCCGACCAAUUUGAGUCCUCAGGAUCAGCAGAAAAUGGCGUCGUUGCAAUCGCGAUUGCGUGUCAUCAACGACAAGCUCAACAAUCUCGAAGCGGAGGCUGCUCGUGCGGACGCGUUGCCUCGUGGACAUCGUGAUCGGUCACCCUCGCCACCUCCCGUCUACGGAGCCGACGGAAAGAGGAAAAACACCCGCGCCGUUCGUUGGCGAGAACGCUUCUCGGCGGAACGCCAAGAUAUUCUGGAAGAGCUCAUGAGCUUGAACCCUGCAACCCGCAAGAGUGCCUUUUUCAAACGCAAGAGGAGCAAAAAGAUUCGCAUUCCAGUGGAAGAACACCCAACCUACAACUUUAUUGGACUCAUCAUUGGACCACGAGGGAAAACACAAAAGGAACUAGAGUCAAAGACUGGAUGCAAAAUUGCCAUUCGCGGCCGUGGUUCGGUCAAGGAGGGAGCCAGAGGUAGACGGGACGGCAAGUUGAUGGAAGGAGACAACGAACCGCUUCAUGUGGUCAUCACCGGUGACGACCAAAAAUCGGUCGAUGCCGCCACGGAUAUGAUUGAGCAAAUGUUGGUGGUCAUUGAUGACGAAAAGAACGUGCACAAGCAGAACCAACUGCGGGAAUUGGCCCUUCUCAACGGUACCUUGAAGGAAGACGAGUUUUGUCAGAUUUGUGCCGAAAAGGGACAUCGCUCCUUUGAGUGCCCUAAGAGGUUCAGCAUGAACAAGCAGUCGAUGGCCGUCAAGUGUGCCAUUUGCGGUGAUACGUCGCAUCCAACUCGUGAUUGUACGCAAAAGGCACCCGCCGGCGAUCAGAAGAAUCCACAAGAGUUGGAUUCCGACUACAUGUCCUUCAUGGCAGAAUUGGAUGGGAAAAAGGCGGAGAAGGCCACAGCGACCAACAACCCGUCGGCACCGGCUCCGCCCACACCCACAAACAGCGGGCGUCCACCGCCGCCUCCGUCCGCUGGGUUGCCCCCGCCACCACAGGGAUCAGGGCCACCCGGUGGAAAACCGCCGGGAGGGAUGCCCCCUCCUCCCCCUGGUGGAGCCCCGCCUCCACCCCAACAAAACAAUUACGGACCGCCGGGCGGACAGGGUGGCGGUGGUGGUUACUACGGAAAUCAGCAACAUCACAAUCAGCACCAUCAGCAGAGGCAGCAGUACAAUCAUUACGGAAGAGGUGGUGGUGGUGGAGGAGGAGGACAACAAGGGGGCUAUCACCAAGGAGGACACAAUCAAGGCGGACAUCAGCAGCAGCAACAACACUACGGACAGCAGCCUCCUUAUCAGCAGCAGCAACAACAACAACAGCAGCGUCAGGCACAGCCUGGUGAUGAGACGAGUGGAUGGGAUUAUCGUAGUUACUAUGGAUCUGGUGGUGGAGAUGCUGGCGGUUUCAACUGGUGGAGCUAG